AUGAGUAUUUCAUUGAGAGUGGAAGGGGCUUCUAAGGAUUUAAGAAUAAUGUAUCCAGAGCCUGAGGAAAUUCAACUAAACUUCUGUACUUUAAUAGAUUUAGAUUUUACAAGUUUUACGAACAAGGAGGAAGUCAUUAAUUACUUCAAGCUCAAAGAAGUGGUGGCACUUAAAAUUCAAACCCAAGAGGUCUUAUUGUAAUUGGAUCCAAUAAAGAAGCGAUUUAUGCUUUAAUGCUUAGUGUACCCUGGAGAAAACAUGGUCUGGGUGUCAUGCAUGAAUAAUUCAGUUGUGACGGAGAUAUCUCUAGAUGAUGGCUUAAUGGGUAAGAAGCCUUAAUUGGAAACAAUCACAGAAGAGGAUGACAUCAUAAGUCCGAUUAAGAGGAGACACGGAAAGAAGAACAAAACAAUUGGAUACAAAAAGAUUUAUUCUAAGAAAAUAUCUCCUGUGAGACCUAUAAGUCCACAAAAAAAGGAUUAGUCUACAAGUACAAAAAGGACAAAAAAGAGCACUCUUUGUUGGUCUCAGUCCAUGGUUCAAACUCCGAAAUCUCCUUUGAAGGGCGACUACGUUGACGCCUUACUAGCUUAGUUGAUACAAUAAAACAGUAGAAAGAGCAAAUCAAGAAAGAGAAGACCAUCCACCUCAUAUCCUCUGAGACCAAAGAUUGAUAGUGAAGGAAUGAUUGAUAGACAAUGGUUGGAGGAGGAGAUGAUUAAUGAAGAUUUGUGA